AGGCAACUGAGGAAGCUCAACAUCUAAAACAGUUGAUACAAGACUAUAUUGCUUCUUUCAUCAAAAUAGGAGAUAAGGUGGCAUCCUGCAAAGAAUGCUGCCCGGGCUUUAAAAGAGUGUGUUAGAAAACUCUAUACACAAGCUUAUCACUCUUGGAGCGAGAUUCCAAACAGUAUACGCCAGGCGAUGUUUAAUAACUUUAAGACUAUGUGUAUUUGGGAGUCAAGGUACAAUUUGGUCAUUGGGACCACAUUUGAGAGGGAGGCAUCCACCAGACUGUCUAACUGGCUAAAGAGCGUUCGGGAUAGUGGUGAACGUCCCAGUUGGAUGUUGCCUCAUGUUUUUGCUGAAUUGGGUCAGUAUUGGAAAACAGACAAGUUUAAGGCAAUAUCAGAUCAAGCCAAAAUGGCUAGAGGCAGUCUUAAAGGUGGCUCGUUGCACACCGGAGGUGCAAAGACGGUUGGAAUAAUUGCACGAGAGAUGGAAAAAGAAUUGGGACGCACUCCCAUUGAACCAGAGGUUUUCAAAAAGACUCAUGUUAGGAAGAAAGAAAAUGAGUCAGAUCCGGAUGUGUGGGUGGAGGAAAGGGCCGAACGAACUUUUAAUGACUUUAAUAAGUACGUUGCUGAGAAUCUAGAUAGUUCGGUUCGAUUGACACCUGAACUGUCCACUCAGAUUUGGAAAGAAAAAGUGGUAGGGGGGACACACAAGGGUAGAUGCUAUGGUCUAGGCUCUCGCAACGAUGUUAGACGCCUUCAGUCAGAGCAUAAGGAUAUGAAUACGAGGUCUAAUCCUAAGAGAGGGAAAGAGGAGAAUGUGGAUGGGGGAGUUCCUCCUCAAGGUCUUCAAGGUGACCAUGUCCCCAUAGGUAAUCAAGAGAAUGAGGUUUUGGUGGUUCCCCCGGCCAUUACGAAUGAAGAGAUUGGGCAGCUUUUCUAA